AUGGCUGGGGAAAUCUUGGUCGGACAACUGUGUACUGAGCACAGGUACACGCAAAUAUCUAAAGGCAAUUGGGAAUGGGGAAACAGGCCAACCACCUUUGCAGUCAAAUUGGGCAGGUGGCUGGGGAAAUCUUUGUCAGACAACUAUCUAUUGAGCACAAAUACAAGCAAAUAUCUAAAGGCAAUUGAGGCGGGGAAACUGGCCAAUCACUUGUGUAGCUAA